AUGGCGGACGACUUUAAAUGCAAGGUUGCGCCGCCAGCUCAAGGCAACGAAGCUUCAACCGAUGGAUGGAUUGCUCACCCUGCCGCCGACGACAAGGCAGACAGAAUUAUGUGUGGCACUGCAGAUACGGGGGAGAAACCCUUCCGGUGUCUGCAUUGUCAGAAACACUACGGGAGGAGGGAUGUCCUUCGGCGACACAUACGAGAUCACCACGGCGAGGCGGGAGAAUUCUUGAAUGACGCCGGCGGAGUCGAGGUAUAUGAACGCAACGAAGGCAAUCUUUUUGCAGGCCACGCACAAAGCCUUCGCUCUCCUAGACGAGGUCUGGGGGAGGGCCACGAGCCUCUUAUCACGUCCACCCUAAAGGGAUCGAACAAUGUUGUCGACGAGGCCAACUCCAUCGACGAUCUGCCCCCCUUGGCGGGUCUCGCGUUCGAGGAAAUCUUCGAUUCGAUAACCGACCCUGUAAUAUCUGCUGCUCGAAUAGACAACAUGAUGGAUGCUGCUGUCUAUCCUCACCACACAUCACAGGCCCUACCUGAACAGGCCGACGACGGAACAACCGAGAGUUUCAGUGUGACGGAUGUUAUCUCGAUAUGUGGAGUUAAUGAGGAUAACAACUUGGACCCUUAUAUCCACUCCUCAGACAGCAAUGUCGGACAGUUGACCACUACUGAAUUUUUCGACGGGACAGGUGACCAGCAUCUCGAUGACUGCCUGUCUCCGACAACCUCUUUUGCCCUCACCUUUACAGAGACAAGCCUUCACGGACCCGAGUUGGGCGAGCAGUUUGAAUGGACUUUAGAGGAGACCGCCAAAGGACAACCGGAGUCGAUUGAGGCCAAUCAUACGAAGCACUAUUCUGGGGACGAGCGAUAUCAAGUUGAAAUUCCAGAACCUGUAUCAACUUCAGGGAUCAAUGGAAGGCCAUGGUUCAGUCUUGCCUCUUCCCGAUUGCCGAAACAUCUCCUCCUCCCGAGUGAAUCUGUUUGGCCCUCCAAGGUGAUGGGGAGAGGACAUCAACAGGCCUCGCGCAAUUGGUGGGAAUUUGUCAUCUGCUGCUGUGAAGCCAACAUCUUCUGCCGUCAAAGUGUCCAUACUGCCACAGAGUCGACAGAGAGCCCGACACUCGACUCGCACGCCUUUGGCUUCAAUGAGGAGUGCCGUUCACAGCUCAUGCAAGCUUUCUGUCUUUCGCAAUCGAACCGUCGGCCUGACAUGGCGGAUGUCCUGCCAUCACAACAAAUAUGGUCUCGUGGAGGCCGUCCAUCCAGCUUGGAAGCACAGUUUCCAUCACGGGAAGCUCUGUCGGCGUCCCUGGGCCUCUACUUUCGUCACUUUCACCCGCUCAUGCCUUUUAUCCACCGUGCGACUUUUCACGCCCCCACGGCAAACCUGUCGGUCCUCUUCGCCAUGUGUCUGAUCGGUCUCAUGCUCCUGGACGACGCACGAGCGAAAAGAUGUAUUGCCGUGAUGCUCCCUACGGCGAUUCAAACAUGCAGAAGAGACCUGGAUCUACACGCUCAUCAGACACACUUCUCGGCCGAGGUGCUGGCCUCGCUGGCGUCCGCCAUGCUGCUCCUGUGCAUAUGUCACAUGGCCAACUUUUACGACGACACGUCUCGGUUGAUGUACAUCGAGGCCAUGUCGCUGUCGCAGCGCCGACAUCUCUUCCCGACAGACGACGGCAACGAAACCCUCAGAGGCUUGCUGAACGGGGCGAGUCAGCGGGAAAAAUGGAAAGCGUGGGCGCGUGUCGAAAGCACCAAGCGGCUCUGCGUGUGUCUUUUGAUGGGAGACGCCAUGUUCUCCCACAAGUACGAGGUCAAGCCCAUGCUCCGCUUCGAACUGCUCGAGUACAUUGUCCCGGGCGACCUCGCGACCUUUGAGGCUCCAAACCAGGCUGUCUGGUGGAGGCGCUUGCUCCAGUCGCCGUCGGGGAGGAUGGUCACGUUGCACACGUUGAGUCUUCCGCGGUCAAUCGGCAAUUACGAAAUGCACGGGCUGUUGGCAAUCUGUUGGGCUCAAGUCUUGGAAGGACAACUCGACCGCCCAGGCGGUGCUGUCGACUCGGACUGCGCUCGGGCGGGCAGGCAUGAUAGGCAGGUUGGCGACCAUUCUCGCAUCCAGCGAACGGCCGCCGUGCUCUCGGGCCUGUACGACGCAUACAAAGACGCAUUCACAUCCCUCAACCCCAACUGUCUCGUGUCCUGGCACAACACGUGCAUGAGCCUCGCGGCAGAUCCGCUCCUCUUCCAAGACGCCGCCGGGAGGAACGGGGUCGCGCGGGCGCGGAUAGCCCGCAACGCCGUGGCUCAAUGGUGCAGAACCCCCACCGCGCGACGAGCAUGCCUCCACGCCGCGCAGACUUUCCGCAUCAUGAGCCAGCGAAAGAUCUCCGAAGGCAUGAUGUUCCAGUCGGAGACGGCGCUGUUCGAGUCUGCCCUCGUCCUGGGUCUGUACCUGUACUUGAGACCCGCCGUGCCUGGGGUGUCGGCGUGGGCGUCGUGGGUCGUCUCUGGAGGAGGGUGUGAUGAAGAUGAAGAAGAAGAAGAAGAAGAAGAAGAAGAAGAAGAAGAAGAAGAAGAAGAAGAAGAAGAAGAAGAAGAAGAAGAAGAAGAAGAAGAAGAGGAUGAUGCCCAAGGAGAAGAAUACGAACUAUUGGACGAUGUGGAUUGGACACGGAUCGGAGUGCUGGGGCUGAGCGAUUCAGUGGAAUGUCUGGGCGACGACGUCCCACGUUCGUCAAAUUCAAAUUCCCCAAGCCGACGGUUCAUACGAGACGGCGGCCUCACGAGCCUUUCAUUUGACGGCGUCACGUGCGCCCCCGGCUUCGCAUCUGCUCAGCGCAUCUUCCUCGCCUUUUCCACCCUGUUGAGCCAGGUCGCGCCGUGGAACGCUGGGAGGUAUUGCCCGAUCCUGCGGAGCUUGAGUGAUUGUAACUUGUAG